CCACAUUCGUCCACAUUCUUGCAAUAAAGUUGGACCUUGAACAACGAGCGGAAAACAGCAAUCACCGACGUCCACUGAAUCAACAGCUAAUAUAAUUGUUCUCGUUCUGAUUUGGUGUUAUAGAUAAGUGUAAACCAUGCAUCGACUUAAAGAUGUCUUGUCCCUGAUCUGGUUCGUGUUGUGUAUGGCGUGUAUCUCCAUUGACUUCAGUGAGGCUGACCCGUGGUACCAGACCGAUAUCGACACGCCAGCUUUCCUAGCCGUCGACGAUCUCAUGGUGUUUGAGCGUGAAGAGAGAGCAGCUAUCGGCGGGAGCGGGAGCGGCAUGGCUUCCUCUGGGGAUGGCUUCCCAUGGGAAAGGGAGGAUGAAGUAAAUGUCGUUGAAACUCCUGACCCCGUCCGAAUACGCAGUCUCCGUGUGACGUCAUCGGUGACGGCUCGCUAUGCCAAGACGGUGGUCACCAGUCACAUGGUCAAUCCGACCAAUCAGAGUCUGGAGGCCACUUUCAAAAUGGAGCUGCCCGGAGAGGCGUUCAUAUCCGGCUUUCUGAUAGAGACUGAAGGCAAGGUUUAUUACUCGAUAGUUGACGAGAAAGAGAAAGCUCAGAGGACGUACGAUGCUGCAAAGGAACAAGGACAGACAGCUGGCCAAGUCAAACAAACGUCGGAGAAGAAGAAUCUCUUUGCCAUAUCCAUCAAUGUAGCGGCGGAGAGUGAGUUGUCAUUCAAUAUGACAUAUGAAGAACUUCUGAAGCGUAAAGACGGCCAUUUUCAGAACGCAGUCGCCAUUUCACCCGGACAGAUUAUAGACCAUCUGCUGGUGGUUGUCCACAUCACCGAGCCACAAGGCCUGGAGGAAAACAAACUGGAUUACUUUGUGGAGCGCCCUCAGCUGUCGGACAGAAGUAGGAACGAGGAGGUUUUACGCCCUCUGUGGGCAGAGACCAAGCAUCUUCACGGCUCGAAAGCCACAGUGCAGUUCCAUCCCAAACGGGAAGAGCAAGAGGCACUUUCUGCAUCCGGGAACCUGGGCAAGUUUGUGGUGCAGUAUGACGUCAUCCACGAGCAAAAUGCUGGUAAUAUCGAGAUUGUCAACGGCUAUUUCGUGCACCACUUUUCUCCUGCGGGAUUCAGACCCACCCAGAAGAACGUGGUCUUUGUCCUGGACACCAGCGGAUCGAUGUCUGGAACGAAGAUGCGGCAAACCAAAGAGGCGAUGGACACCAUUCUCACAGACCUGCGGGAAAAGGACGCCUUUGGUAUCGUGACUUUUGAGACCGUGACGCAGAGUUGGAGACCUAGCCUCCUCCCUGCGAGCCGGGAGAAUGUAGCUGCCGCUAAAGAAUACACAGGCGGAUUGAGUGCUGGGGGAGGUACGAACCUGCACCAAGGACUAGUCGACGCCAUUGGCAUGUUAGAGGAAGCGGAAGCCAACGAGCUGUCAACCUUUGGAACCUUCUACCUGAUCAUCAUGCUGACGGAUGGUGCUCCCACGGCCGGAGAACUGACCAGGCCAGACGAGAUCAAGUCGGACAUCCGGCGCCGACUGGAGAGCCGAUACUCCCUCUUCUGCCUGGGGUUCGGUCGCGGCGCCGACUACCCGUUCCUGGAACAGCUUUCCCUUCAGAACAAAGGCCUGGCCCGGAAAAUAUACGAAGACUCAGACGCCGGGCUGCAGCUGGUUGGCUUCUUUGACGAAGUGGCCACUCCGUUAUUGGUCAACGUCCACAUCAAGUACUCUCCGGACAUGAUGGUGACCAACAGCAUCUCGACGACCCUGUUCCCGACUUAUUUCGAGGGGACGGAGCUGGUUGUGGCCGGCCAGUUGGAUACGAACAAGACCCUACCGGAUAGUAUGUUUUGCGUGGUGACUGCCGAGACACAAGACACAGAAAUCAAGCUGGAGAUGACAGUCAACGUCAAGGAGGAGAGUGACGUUAUUUUCGAUCCACAGGCAGUUGACGACUUUGCCCAGCGCCUGUGGGCCUUCCUGACCAUCAAGGAACUCCUGCGCAAGCGCAUUGCGGCCGAAUUGAGAGCCGAGAAGCAGGACCUGACGCAGAGGGCGCUAGAGCUGUCCCUCAAGUACCAUUUCGUGACCCCACUGACCUCUCUCGUGGUGGUCAAACCGGACGAUGACCCCGUGGUUGAUGCCGUGGAACCAUCCGAAGACGAUAUCGCACCAGAAGGAGGAAGUGCUCCCGGCGCUAGUUCGCGUGGCGGAGGAUCCCCCGCAUCCGCUGGUCCCGUUAGUCCCGCCGGCUCUGGUGGCCCCACCGCAUUCGAUCUUCCAACCGGCAACCAACCGGGCACGUAUGUGGACGCCGACCCGCACUUCAUGGUCCAUUCCCCGCGUGGUAAUGUGACAGUGUGCUUCAACAUCAUGGGCAAACCCGGUGAUGUCUUCAGCUUGAUAAAAGAUCCAGUAUUUGGAAUCUCCGUCGAUGGUCAUGUAGAGAACUUUCACCGUCAUGACGACCAGUCGGCGAGCACUAGCGAGCCUCCCCCGACCAUCUUCGACCGUCUGGUGGUGACUACUGGCGGCGGACGACAGGUCCUGAUCACCGCUACCAGCGUGAGUCUUGGACCAGAACUUUCCAUGACGUGGGACACCGACUGGGAGGCUGAGUUGGGUGCUGGGGCGAGUGUUGCCGUACGGAACGGCCAGUACCUUGUGUUCCGGCCAAAGACCGGCGUGGAACUGCUUAUCAUGCGACACGACGUGGCGCGACACCGUGUGGACAAAGUGGAUUUCUUUGGUGUGUACGUGAUAGACGGCGAGGGGUUUUCUCACAAAGUGCACGGUAUCCUUGGCCAGUUCCAACGCAGGAAAAUCCACCUGGAGCGAAAGUUGGCAACAGUUGACGGCAUUCAGGUCAAAGGUCACAUCUGGGUGAGAGGUCGACGUAUCGAGGUCAUCCAAUCAGAGAAGAGAGAUCGUCUGACGCAAACUGUGGAGCCGUGCUGGUAUGCCGACAAUAACGCUGAGGGCGUCAUUGACGGGACGUACACGGACUACUUAGUUGGGGGCUAAGCAAUGUUUGCCGGUCAAAACUUACAAACAUUGAAAAACAAAUGAACAUUAGGCCAAAAAAAAAAAGUCUCCGGUUUCUGGUAUGCGCGCGCGUCGCCGUAGCCAUGCGCGUCGGUAA